CUUGGGGCAACGACAGAGGCCGGCUGGGCGCCCAACUGUGCGCCAUGGAGUACAAUAUAAGUGGCAUCGGGAAUGUGUCGACUGCGCUGCGACCGGAGGCGCGUCUGUCGGCGGAGGGGCGCUUGCUGGGCUGGAAUGUGCCGCCGGACGAGCUGCGGCACAUACCCGAGCACUGGCUAACUUACCCAGAGCCGCCAGAGUCCAUGAACUAUCUGCUGGGCACACUCUACAUAUUCUUCACGCUCAUGUCGCUGAUUGGCAACGGGCUGGUCAUUUGGGUCUUCUCGGCGGCCAAGUCGCUGCGAACGCCCUCCAACAUACUGGUGAUCAACCUGGCCAUCUGCGACUUCCUGAUGAUGAGCAAGACGCCCAUCUUCAUCUACAACAGCUUUAACCAGGGCUUUGCGCUGGGCAACCUGGGCUGCCAGAUCUAUGGCAUCAUUGGCUCCUACACGGGCAUCGGGGCUGGGGCGACGAAUGCGUUUAUCGCCUACGAUCGCUACAACGUGAUCACUCGACCCAUGGAGGGCAAAAUGACGCAUGGCAAGGCCAUUGCCAUGAUCAUCUUCAUCUACAUGUAUGCCACGCCCUUUGUGGUGGCCUGCUACACGGAGUCGUGGGGUCGAUAUGUGCCCGAGGGCUAUCUGACCUCGUGCACCUUCGACUAUCUGACGGACAACUUCGACACGCGCAUGUUUGUGGCGACCAUCUUCUUCUUCAGCUUCUGCCUCCCCACCACCAUGAUCCUGUACUACUACAGCCAGAUUGUGAGCCACGUGUUCAGCCACGAGAAGGCACUGCGCGACCAGGCCAAGAAGAUGAACGUCGAGUCGCUGCGCUCCAAUGUGGACAAGAGCAAGGAGACUGCCGAGAUACGCAUCGCCAAGGCAGCCAUCACCAUCUGCUUCCUCUUCUUCGUGUCGUGGACACCCUACGGCGUAAUGUCGCUGAUUGGCGCCUUCGGGGACAAGAGCCUGCUGACGCCGGGCGUCACCAUGAUACCGGCCUGCACGUGCAAGAUGGUGGCCUGCGUAGACCCGUUCGUGUAUGCGAUCAGCCAUCCCAGAUACCGCAUGGAGCUGCAAAAGCGCUGCCCCUGGCUGGCCAUUAGCGAAAAGAACCCCGAGUCCACCACGGUGGCCUCGACGACGACCACGCAGGAGCAACAGCAGACGACAGCGGCGUAGAGCUCGACUGCUCCUCUACUGCUCCUGAAUGCCUGAACAAAUGACUCGAACUCAACUAAUCUAGACUCGUAAUACUAAGCGCCAGGAAACUCUAUAAUAGCAACUGAAACGAAACAGAAGUGUGUAAACAAUAAUAUUUAAUAUAUAUUUUAAAUCUCAUCUUUAGCCUC